AGCUCUUCCAAGCGCGACCUUCUGCAGCCGAGCGAGGAGGACGAUGAAGAGCGAGUGGGAGGGCAGACAGACACCGAGGGAGGAGAGAAGCAGACGGAGCGUAGGAGGCUCUGACAGUUCGGUCUGCGCCCACUUCGUGUAGUUUCUCCGUCGUCCUUCGUCCACCUGUCUCGUUCUCAGCAUGGACAAGCUUCUUUGUGGAGUUCUAUUUGUUGUCCUGCAGGUCGACUGUUUGCAUUCCGUGUACAUCUCAGGCAGCUCAGAUUCGCUCCACCAGGUUCUGUCGGAGUUUCACGUCGUUCAGCCGGUCAGGACCAACUCAGCAGGUCACUUCCUGUCUCGGUCUCUCACCACAAAACACCUGCUACGCAAGAAAAGACACACCCCUCAAGAGGAAACCUCCAGAAGUCCAAAUAACAAUGAAGAGAUGUUGUGGAGGGAGAAAGACACAGAGGUCUUCUACAAUGUGACAGUGUUCGGACGAGAGCUCCACCUGAAGCUCCGCCCAAACCUGCGGCUUGUCGCGCCGACGGCCACCAUGGAGUGGUGGGAGGAGUCUGGGGAAAAGAAAUCACAGCCCAUCGAAGAAGCCGGAUGUUUCUACACAGGGGAAGUUUCCAACAUGGCCGACACGUCUGUGGCCAUCAGCAACUGUGAUGGACUGGCUGGAGUCAUCCGGACGGACCAGGACGAGUUUUUCAUCGAGCCCUUGCAUCACCAGACAGCAGAAGAAGAUGGCGAUGGUGAGAAGGAAGGACGAAGGCACAUUGUGUAUCGAUCCUCUGCCAUCAUCUCCAAGAAACACGGCAUCAACUUUACCCACGAUGACACGCUGUUGGGUUCUCUGGUCGGUUCUGUCAGGAACCAAAACAUCUCAAGUUCUGAACCUCGGUCGACUCGGAGGAGAAGAUACAUCGAAGGGGCAGAACUGUUUAACAUUGAGGUUCUGCUCGCUGUGGAUUAUUCUGUUCUUCUGUUCCACGGCCGAGAUCACAUGCAGAAGUACCUUCUGACUUUGAUGAACAUCGUGAAUGAGAUCUACCAGCAUCAGUCUCUGGGCGCCAACAUCAACAUCGUUCUGGUCAGGAUCAUCAUGUUGCCACCAUCAAAGUCUCUGGAGCUGAUCGCGGUGGGCGACCCUCAGAAGAGUCUGAAGAACGUCUGCGGCUGGUCGUACCUGCAGCAGAGAGAGCAGAGUCUGGAGGAGCAGCACGACCACACCAUCUACCUGACGCGGCAGGCGUUCGGCCCGUCCGGCAUGCAGGGCUACGCUCCCGUGACAGGCAUGUGCCAACUGCACCGGAGCUGCGUCCUGGUCAUCGAGGACGGCUUCAUGUCGGCCUUCGUGGCUGCUCAUGAAACGGGACACGUGUUAGGGAUGGAGCACGACGGCGAGGUCAACGACUGCGAGGACGACGUGUCUCUCGGCAGCAUCAUGUCUCCGCGAGUUCAGGCCACCUUUCAUCGCUACCACUGGUCGCGGUGCAGCUGGAGGGAGCUACACAAGUAUCUGGACACUUAUGACUGUCUCCGUGACGACCCCUUCCACCACGAGUGGCCCGCUCAGCCUCCUUUGCCUGGCUUUCAUUACACCAUGGACCAGCAGUGUCGCCUUAACUUCGGGUCAGGGUUCAGCCUGUGUACAGCGUAUCCAAACAUCGACCCCUGUAAGCAGCUGUGGUGCAGCGAGUAUUACAACCCGUUCUACUGCGAAACCAAGAAAGGGCCACCGCUAGACGGGACCAAAUGUGCACCUGGGAAGCACUGCUUUAAAGGUUACUGCAUGAAACUGACCCCCGAUCUCUACAGACAUGAUGGCGGGUGGGGGGCCUGGGGUCCGUAUGGUAAAUGCUCGCGGACAUGUGGAGGCGGAGUGAGGUUCCGGGCCAGACGUUGCGACAACCCAGCUCCAGCCAACGGGGGGCGCACUUGCUUCGGGAACAGCUUUGAGUUCCAGCUCUGCAGCCAGGAGGAGUGUCCGCCUCUCACCGACUUCAGGGCCGAGCAGUGCAAAGCCUGGAACGAUUUCUUGGAACAUGAAGGGAAGAAACAUCACUGGCUGCCGAUCGAACAUCCCGAUCCGGACGAACGCUGUCGUCUGUUCUGCCGCUCAAAAGAAACAGGCGAGGUGGUGUCGCUGAACAGGAUGGUGCACGAUGGGACCCCCUGUUCCUACAGUGAUGCCUACAGCGUCUGUGUCCGUGGAGAGUGUGAGCACGUAGGCUGUGACAGACAGAUAGCAUCGGACCAGCAGGAGGACCGCUGUGGUGUGUGCAGGGGAGACAACUCCAGCUGCAGGAUCGUGAAAGGAAACUUCACACGGAGCAGCAGGAAACCAGGUUACCUAAAGAUCCUGGAGAUCCCCAGAGGAGCGCGGCACCUGAUGGUGCAGGAGUUUAAGGGCACGCCUCACAUCCUGGCUGUGAAGAAUGCGGAGACGGGUCACCUGUUCCUAAAUGACGACAACGAUUUCCCCGAAACCAGAACAGUGAUAGAGAAAGGCGUGGCCUGGGAGUACUUGAACAGUGAGGAGCGAGAGUACAUCAAGACCACGGGUCCACUGACCUACAGCGUCCUGCUCAUGGUUCGCCCUCACGGUGACACCAAGGUGACGUUGUCUUACCGCUACGUCAUCGAGAACCAACUUCGGUCCUCGCUGGAGUCCAACCUGGUGCAGGAGGACGGCAUCUUUUACGAGUGGGCUCUGAAGAAGUGGUCUCAGUGCUCAAAGCCCUGCGGAGGAGGGAAACAGUUCACAAGAUUCGGCUGCAGACGGAAGGCUGAUGGAAAGAUGGUGCAGAGGACGUUCUGCGCUAACAUCAGCAAGCCAAGAGCCAUUGGCCGCAUGUGCAACACUGCCACCUGCAGUGUACCACGCUGGAUCAGCGGUCCAUGGGAGAAGUGCACGUCCUCCUGUGGCCAGAGCGGCUGGCAGCGUCGCUGGGUGAGCUGCCAGCAGGAUUCCAGUGUCGGACAGCGCAUGCGCUCAGUUCCCAGCAAGCUCUGCACCGACCAGCGUCCUGACACCAAGCAGCCGUGCAACCGCUUCCCUUGCCCCCCCUCCUGGCGAGCAGGACCCUGGACUCCAUGUUCCGUCAGCUGCGGGAACGGCACUCAGGAGCGGCAGGUCGCCUGUUUCACACCGGAAGGUUCAGUAGGGAACUGCAGCCAGACUCCCCCGCUUUCAAGUCGCACCUGCAGAGCGCCACCAUGUGGAGGAGACCCAAAGAACUUCAUGGUCCAGUGGCUGUCCCGAUCAAGCACAGACAUCCCAGCUGCUGCACCCUCUCCUUCCAAGCAGCGUUGCCGUGGUGAUCGCUCUGUGUUUUGUCGGAUGGAGGCUCUGAGCCGCUACUGCUCCAUCGCCAGCUUCAGACAGAUGUGCUGCAGGUCCUGCAGCAACAGAUCACAUUUGACGGCACUGACGACAACGCAGAUAUCCCUCACUGAUGUCACCACCACCAUGACGGCUCUAACAACAUCUCGGACCAGCACCGAUUUCGUUUACGUGGACUACGAUGAUUACGACGAGUAUUCUUCAUAUGAAGAUAAAUCAGUUUCUGUGUCCACGACCAGAGCGACUUCCACAUCCAUCAUAACAGCUACAAGCAGCGCACCCUUUGAUGUGGUUCCCAUGGUAACAUCCGACAGCCCAACAUUAGCACCGGUGAGGACUUUUGCCACAACUGAAGUUCCAACGACGCUAAGGACUGAAAACGUGAUCAUAAAUGUGACGUCGUCACCUGACAGGACAUUCGGUGCGCGAGCCUUGAAAGUUAAGCCGGCAGGUUCAAAGCCUGCCACGGCAGCUAUGUCUUCGUCCAACAACAACUCAGUGGACGAGGUUUCCUACCGGAUCGUUGGACUGGACUCUGAUAACGCAAAAGGGCAGCAGAACGUUUUUGUCUCUCGAAUGCCUCGGACCCGCGAGAGGACGCAGAAUAAACGAAUCCAGGAGCUGCUGAAUGAAAAGCGGAGACAGGGACGUUUGAGGAGGGCCAGCAGAGACUUCUGAGGCUUCUCAACAUUGACAGUCUCAAGCUUCUCAUCACCACUUCUCUUUGAAAAACUCAUAUUGAGAUCCAAACCUCAUCGUCAGCUUGAACUCGCUUGUCAGUACUCAAACCAGACCUGCUCGGGUUCCAGCUCUGGGUGGUUGGAGAUUCCAGUCACAUUCCACAUUGUUUUGUUCCUGUUGUAAAUCGAAUAAAGCAAA